CACGUCUCAUCAUUCUAAACUCUAAACGCGUUUCUUCCUUAUCCGACAAAAAUCACGCGCCACUCUUCAUUCUUCCACCACCACCUCUCUUACAACGGAGAUGAAUAGCUUCACGACGACGACGACGACGACGACGAGUCCAAUGGCUCGAGCCUUCGUGCAUCUUCAUCUUUAUUCACCAUUAAACUUACGUUCGAGGCAGCCACCGUCAGGAGUAUGUUUAAGACCGCAUUCGCCGUCGUCUCGCAGGACUCCACGACUCGUCUGUAUGGCCGAACCUUACCUGAUUAGGAAAAUGGAGUCUGUUGAGAAGACAUGGAAGGAGUUAUCUCUAAAACUAGCUGACCCAGAUGUUGUUUCUAAUCCUUCUGAAUACCAGAAACUUGCACAGUCCAUGUCCGAGCUUGAUGAGGUUGUAUCCGUUUUCAGGAGAUUCAAGGACUGUGAGAAGCAGUUACAAGAGUCCAAAGUCUUGGCGAAAGAGGAUGGAGAUGAUGAAGAUAUGGCUGAAAUGAUAGGAAGUGAAAUCAACUCCCUCUCUAAAGAAAUUGAGGAGCUUGAAAAACAACUUAAGAUGUUACUUCUUCCCACCAACCCUCUUGAUGCCAGAAACAUAUUGCUCGAAGUGAGAGCAGGAACUGGUGGAGAUGAAGCUGCAAUUUGGACUGGUGACCUUGUGCGGAUGUAUCAGAGGUACAGCGAGCGCAGCUCUUGGAAGUUUUCUCUGGUUUCAUGCUCUGAGGCUGAACAUGGAGGUUACAAGACGUGUGUGAUGGAGAUAAAAGGAAACCGUGUCUAUAGCAAGCUAAAAUACGAAUCUGGUGUUCAUAGAGUCCAGCGUGUCCCUCAAACUGAGACCCAGGGACGUGUACACACUUCUACUGCAACUGUAGCCAUCAUGCCAGAGGCUGAUGAAGUGGAAGUUGUGAUUGACCCCAAGGACAUUGAACUUACAACUGCAAGAUCUGGUGGCGCUGGAGGGCAAAAUGUGAACAAGGUGGAGACGGCUAUAGAUCUAGUCCAUAAACCAUCAGGUAUACGCAUUUUCUGUACAGAAGAAAGGACUCAGCUACGUAACAAGGCUCGUGCUUUCCAGCUUCUUCGAGCAAAACUGUAUGAAAUCAAAUUAAGGGAACAACAAGAGAAGAUAAGGGAUCAAAGAAAAUCUCAGGUUGGGACUGGAGCUCGUUCAGAAAAGAUAAGAACAUACAAUUAUAAGGAUAGUAGAGUGACUGAUCAUAGGCUAAAGAUGAACUUUGCGCUUACAUCAUUUCUUGAAGGUGGCUUAGAGGAUGCAGUGCAGGCAUGUGCUGCUUUGGAACAAAAGGAACUCAUGGAAGAACUGUCCGAGUCUGUAGCUGCUUCUUGAUAAAGCCUCGUUACUGUACUCAACAGACAUCAGAACUAUAAAAUCUCCUUUUUAUUUAUGUAUACAUCUAAUCUACGCAUAUGAAUGAUUCUAUGAACAAUACGGGUAAGCUUAG